GUCCCUUUAAGGGAAGUAAAUCCGGCCCGCGGGCGCGGCCAGGGCGGGGCGCGCGGCGUGUCCCUCCGCGGGCGUGUUCCUCUGCCCGCGCCGCCCGGCACAGCAAGGUGGGAGUCUGCUCCAGACCGCGGUCGUCCUAAGGCAGCCAGCAGUGGGACAGCCUAGAGAAGAGGACGCUGGGGUGCUGGCAUCCAGUUCUGAGCAGGUGUUGGAAGUCCACUAAGAGGACCAGAGAGGAGACGCCUAGACGACCUCUGGGUGACCACAGCAUCCCUCCCUCCUUGGUCUCUGCUGCGCCUUCUGAGACACAAGUGCCACCAAGAUGUCCAACCCAUUUCUGAAGCAAGUGUUCAACAAGGACAAAACGUUCCGGCCCAAGCGCAAGUUCGAGCCUGGAACACAGCGCUUUGAGCUCCACAAGCGUGCGCAGGCGUCGCUGAAUGCAGGACUGGACCUGCGGCUGGCGGUGCAGCUGCCACUAGGUGAGGACCUCAACGACUGGGUGGCUGUGCAUGUGGUAGACUUCUUCAACCGUGUCAACCUCAUCUACGGCACCAUCAGCGACGGCUGCACUGAGCAGUCGUGCCCGGUUAUGUCCGGGGGUCCCAAGUAUGAGUACCGCUGGCAGGACGAGCAGCGCUUCCGGAAGCCCACGGCGCUCUCCGCACCCCGCUACAUGGACCUACUUAUGGAUUGGAUUGAGGUGCAGAUCAACAACGAGGACAUCUUCCCCACCAAUGUCGGCACACCAUUCCCUAAGAACUUCCUGCAGGCAGUGCGCAAGAUCCUGUCGCGGCUGUUCCGCGUGUUCGUGCACGUGUACAUCCACCACUUCGACCGCAUAGCGCAGAUGGGCUCCGAGGCGCACGUCAACACCUGCUACAAGCACUUCUACUACUUCGUCACCGAGUUCAACCUCAUCGACCCCAAGGAGCUGGAGCCCCUGAAGGAGAUGACCUCACGGAUGUGCCACUGAGGCCCCCUGGCCGCCAGGACUCAGGAAGACAGCUUGGGCGCCCCUGUCAGCUUUGUUCAGCCUGGGUCUCAGGAGCGUCACCCCAAAUGCCGCUAUCAGAGAAGCAGAGGGACUCUGGCUCCUCCCUCCAUCUCUGACCUGUGCUGGAAUUGAAAUUUGUAAUACUGCAUCCUCUCGGCCACUAGGCUCACACCGUGUCUGUGCCACAGCCUCUGGCAGGAGGCAGGAUCCGGAGCCAUUGCCAACUACCCCUUUGUCCCGUCUCCAUGCCUGUCCAGCCUUGCCCCAUGGCCUUAGUAUGUGUGGCCACAGCUCUGUCCCCUUCUUCCUAGCCUGGAAGGAAGGUGGCAUCUGGUCUCCUCUGCAGAGCCACACUCUGUGUGGUGACCACAUGGAUGCCCAGCUGCCACACAUCUAAAGAUGUAAUAAUGAGCCAUGUCCUCCACUGCCCAGCUCUGCCCCCUGCUUGUACUUCUGGACAUCACGCAGUGCCAGAACUUUCCACUCAUUCUGCCUGGCCCUUCUGAAUGGCGCCCUCUCCAACCCCCCACCCCCGGACAGGAUUCCCAGUAUGGAGUGUUCUGAGGUGCCUUUGCAGGACCAGGAGGAUACAGGUGCUGCAUGCAGCGGUCUCGGAACUCUGGAGGCAGAUGUAGGAGGAGUGCUGCAAAUUCACGGCCCCUCUGGCUUCCACACUGAGAAUCAGGCCGUUCAGGGUCUCAUAACAAGAUUGUCUUUAAGCUCCCCCCACAAAAAAAAAAUAAACUUUAAAGGAAUCUGGGCGGUGGUG